GUAAUUUUAAUGGCCGCUUGCGCUUGGCUGCGCACUUGCUCGCUUUCAUUUAUUUUCGUCGAUUUUACAAGAUUCUUUGUGCGUGAGAUGACGAAGAUGCUAUCAUCGUACUUUCCAGUGUAACCGACAAGUAUACGAAUCAUAUUUACUACCCAACACCCUCCAGAUAUCGCCUAAUUAUCGCUUCAGUACUUUUUCAAUACGAGAAACAAGUUUAAUAAAUCGUACAAAUGAAAGAAUCAUCGCCACCGGUGUCAGCGAUGGCCACUCCGACGAAUAGCAGCGGUAAUGUCGUCGACGAGUUUGAGGAAGCCUUCCAACAUUGCCUAAAUGUGCUCACAAAAGAAGAAGCACUACCCACAGGCGACAAAGACGAACUACGCACAGAAGUCGAGCAAACCACGCUGCGUUUCGUCGAUCUCGCUCGCCAAAUGGAAGCGUUUUUCCUCCAGAAACGCUUCCUCCUAUCCGCACUCAAACCGGAAAUGGUCGUGAAAGAAGACAUCAAUGAACUACGCAUAGAACUGACACGCAAAGACGAACUCCUCAAACGCCACUACGAAAAAAUCAACGUCUGGCAGAACUUACUCAUGGACCUACAGGGUUAUUCCAAAAGCCCGGCGCAGGUAACAGCCGUGACACCCGGAAUGCCCACACCCGGCGGAAUGAUGCCCGGAAGUAGCAUGCCGCCAUCACAAAUCGCACCGAAUGUCAACGUCAAUAAUAACCCCAUGAGCGGCGGCAGUAUGACGAUGCAACAGCAGAUCCAACAACAAAUGCAACAGCAACAGAUGCAACAACAGCUCCAGCAGCAGCAGUUACAACAGCAGCAGAUGCAACAGAUGCAGGUGAGCGGCAUGGCGGGCAUUCCAAGUGGACAGCAGGCGAUGUUCAUGCAGCAUGCGCGUGCGCCGCCGUUCGGCGCCCAGGCGAAUCCAGCGGGCGUUUUACAAGGACCUUUGGCUUAUCUGGAGAAAACAACAAGUAAUAUAGAUUUGGUCGCAGGAAUGACAGAUGGGAGAAGGUGACGAGGACGUGGGAGGGGGCGUGGCCGUGGACGAGGUCGCGGCAGAGGUCGCGGUCGCGGCAAUCUGCCCGAAUAUGUGUCGCCAUAAAUGGCGGCCGCCUCAGAGAGUCCCCCUCCGCCACGAAUCAAACACUGAAAGCGAGCAUUUUUUAACCCCUGUUUUAACCUGCAUCCUCUUUUCCUCCUUCUGUAACAUUCCAGUAAUUAAUUAAUGACUUAAGUCGGUAAACUUAAGUUUACUUAAGAGAUGUGUGUGUACUAACCUUAACUGUAAUUUAUAACCAUAACCUCAAAAUCAUGUAAUCGUUACCGAAUUACUCGAAUUUCGACAUUGUGAUACUCGUAACUUAACGUAGAACACUAGAAUCACGUACUUAAUAUUUUAACGUUAACAUUUUAAUACAAGUUAUUCAUAUAGCGUA